AUGUCUGAGACACUGAGUAUGCCAAUGGCUGUGGACAGCGUUGUGCCAAAGGAAGAGGAUCUGGUCCCGAGUGAGGAAUUGAAAUUGCGUAUACCCAAACCACGGUCAUCCGAGGAAUUGGAGCAGCUGAUAUUCAGGUAUAGAGCCAUUAUCACGCGUCCCGAUAGCAACAAGGUCGAGAUAGAUGCUAUAGAGGAUGUCUUUGCCCAAAUUACACAAGAACAGGACGAAUUUAACGCCAGGUUAAAAGAACUACAAGAUUUACGCGACUCACUAAGUAAAUAUGAUAGUGAAAAGUUGAGAAAGCAAGUUCUAGCAUUGCAAUUACUGGAGAGAGAUCUACAAUUGCCAGAGGAUCUCCUCAAAGAUGAGGAGACAGUUUCAGCUAAUCAUCCCACUGACACAAACCUUAUUAAACAGAUAAAGCUGGCAUAUAAUUUGGAUGAAAACGCUGAAUUAUUAGGUAUGAAAGAUAGUUUCACGCUUGUAACUUUAAAAAACCAACUAGGAAAUAGAGAAACCGAAGAAAUUAUAUCGACGAGGAUUGCUAAAAGGAUUUUUGAGUUAGAGAGAUUACCAGGUAACUUGGCUACGUACUCUUUAAACGACUGUCUAGACUUUAUCUCAAAGAAUGAUGCACCAUCUAAGAUUGAUGAGCAUAAGCUAAAAGCUAUUAUAGAGUUGAAAUCAUUGAAACUUCUAACAAAACAGAAGUCAAUUAGACAAAAAUUGAUUAACACCGUUGCCAGCCAAGCGCACCAUUCCAUACCAUUUCUACGUGACUCACCUUUUACAAUGGCAGCACAAAGGUCUGUUCAGGUGAGAAGUAAAGUCAUUGUUCCACAGACAGCUAGGAUCGCUGAAGAACUAGAGAGACAACACCUUUUGGACAAGCGUAAAAAGGAGCGUAACUUGCAUUUACAAAAAGUCAACACUACUUUAUCAUUAAUUAGAGAGAGACAGGAAAAUGAAUGGUCAAGAAGCGAUAGAUGUGCCCAAUUCGGAAGAAUCUGCAUGUCCCUACAUGGGCAAAUAGAAAGGGAUGAACAAAAGAGGAUUGAAAGAACUGCCAAACAACGUCUGCAAGCAUUGAAAUCGAAUGAUGAGGAAGCAUAUUUGAGAUUGCUUGAUCAGACAAAAGAUACUAGAAUUACGCAAUUGUUGAGACAAACUAACUCUUUCUUGGAUUCUCUUGCUCAAGCCGUUAGAGUUCAACAAAAUGAAACUAAAAUUUUAAAAGGUGAAGAAAUCACUCCGAUCAAUGACGAAGACAGAGAGAAGAUUGAUUAUUACGAGGUGGCACAUAGAAUUAAAGAGAAAAUUGAAAAACAACCUUCUAUUCUAGUUGGUGGUACCUUAAAAGAAUAUCAAUUAAGAGGUUUAGAAUGGAUGGUAUCUUUAUAUAACAAUCAUCUGAAUGGCAUUUUAGCGGACGAAAUGGGUCUAGGUAAAACAAUCCAAUCCAUUUCCCUAAUUACAUAUCUAUACGAGGUUAAGCAGGAACCUGGCCCUUAUUUGGUUAUUGUUCCUCUAUCAACAAUUACUAACUGGACACUGGAAUUUGAGAAAUGGGCUCCAUCUCUUACAACAAUUAUUUACAAAGGUACUCCGAAUCAAAGACAUGCGCUUCAACAUAAGAUUAGAUCAGGUAAUUUUGACGUGCUCUUAACGACAUAUGAAUACAUCAUCAAAGACAAGGCAUUAUUAUCUAAGCACGAAUGGUCGCAUAUGAUUAUUGAUGAAGGUCACAGAAUGAAGAACGCAAAUUCUAAGUUAUCAUUUACAAUUACAAAAUAUUAUAGAACAAGGAAUAGAUUAAUCCUAACUGGUACCCCUCUGCAGAACAAUCUUCCGGAACUAUGGGCUUUGCUAAACUUUGUACUACCAAAAAUUUUCAAUUCAGCUAAAACAUUUGAAGAUUGGUUUAACACUCCUUUCGCAAACACCGGUACACAAGAGAAACUUGAAUUAACCGAAGAAGAAACCCUUUUAGUUAUCAGAAGACUACAUAAGGUUUUAAGACCAUUCUUACUGCGUCGUUUGAAGAAAGAAGUUGAGAAGGAUCUACCUGACAAGGUUGAGAAGGUCGUUAAAUGUAAACUAUCUGGGCUGCAACAGCAGCUAUAUCAACAAAUGUUGAAACACAAUGCUCUGUUUGUUGGUGCAGGUACUGAAGGUGCCACAAAGGGUGGUAUUAAAGGUUUGAAUAACAAGAUUAUGCAAUUGAGAAAAAUCUGUAAUCAUCCUUUUGUAUUUGAUGAGGUGGAAGCUGUCGUAAAUCCUUCUAGGGGCAAUAGUGAUUUGCUAUAUAGGGUAGCUGGUAAAUUCGAACUAUUAGAUCGUAUUUUACCCAAAUUCAAAGCGACUGGUCACAGAGUCUUAAUAUUUUUCCAAAUGACACAAGUUAUGGAUAUUAUGGAGGACUUUUUAAGAAUGAGAGACCUAAAGUAUAUGCGUCUUGAUGGUAGUACGAAAGCAGAAGAUAGAAAUGAUAUGUUAAAAGAAUUUAACGUCGAAAACUCAGAAUAUUUCUGUUUCCUAUUAUCGACAAGAGCUGGUGGUUUAGGUUUGAACUUACAAUCUGCUGAUACGGUCAUUAUUUUUGACACAGACUGGAAUCCUCAUCAAGAUUUACAAGCUCAAGAUAGAGCGCACAGAAUUGGUCAAAAGAAUGAAGUGCGUAUUUUAAGAUUGAUCACAACUGAUUCCGUUGAAGAAGUCAUAUUGGAAAGGGCAAUGCAGAAGCUAGAUAUUGACGGUAAAGUUAUCCAAGCUGGUAAAUUUGAUAACAAAUCUACUGCUGAGGAGCAAGAAGAGUUCUUGAGAAGAUUACUUGAAAACGAAUCCAAUAGAGAUGAUGAUGAUAAGGCUGAACUUGACGAUGACGAACUGAAUGAUAUUCUAGCCCGUUCUGACGACGAGAAGAUUUUAUUUGAUAAAAUGGAUAAAGAGAGAAUUGAGAUGGAGAAGAAGCACGCCAAGGAACUCGGUUUAAAUGCUCCCCAGACCAGACUUAUCGAAACAGAUGAACUGCCUUCUGUAUUCACUGAAGAUAUCGAAAAACAUUUGAAACCAGAACCUGUCGCAUUAGGAAGAAUGCGUAACACCAAACGUGUGUUCUAUGAUGAUGGUCUAACUGAAGAACAAUUUUUGGAAGCUGUUGAGGACGAGAAUAGUACACUAGAAGAUGUUAUCAAGAGAAAACGUGAAGCUCGUGAGAGAAGAACGAGAAAUAGAGCCAAGAAAUUGGACAGCGAAAAUAUUGAAGAGGAGCCAGUUGAAGGAACUCCAAAGAUGGAAGAGAAUGGUGCAGUUACAGAAACGGUUGAAAACGGUGGUGAUACUGAACUGAACGACUCUCAACCUGAUCAAACACAAGCGAAGGGUAGAAGAGGUCGGAGAAGAAGAGGUGCUCUUGAUGAUGUAAAGGUAUCGGAACAGUUACCUGAAGAGCCUGUCCAUGAUGGCACUACGUCAGAACCACUAAAGGCUUCUCCUAGAAAGGGUAGAAAGAGAACCAUCAAGAUUGUUGAAUCUGAGAAACCUAAAAAUCUUGUUGAGAUCAUUGAAGGCCCAGACAAGAAGAAGCCUAAACUGAAGAUCAAAUUGAAGUUAAAACAAAAUGAUGACCAAAGCAUUCCGGAGGAGAACGAUACUGAGACAAAUAAAACCGAUAAGGCUUCAAGUAAGAAGGUAUCUGCGAAAAUCAAAGUAAAAACCCCUAAACAACCCAUUAACGAGACCAAGAAGCUGGUGGAUACAUUAGUAGACGACAUGCGUUCUCAGCUAGAUGAGUCCGAUGAGCACCCACUAACCUCCAUCUUUGAGACCUUGCCAUCUAAGCGGGAAUACCCAGAUUACUACAAACUGAUUAAGAAGCCAUUGUCCAUAGACGUUAUUCAGAAGAACGCAAGAAAAGGUGUCUACAAGUCUCUAGAUGAUGUUAAGGAAGACAUUCAGACCAUGUUUGAUAACGCCAGAUUCUACAACGAGGAAGGAUCCUGGGUAUACAAUGACGCAGAGAAGCUAAACGAAUUCACCAAUACCUGGUUCUCCAAACACUAA